UGGUCAGUCUGUGGAAGUGGAAGACACAAGAGUGCCUGAGCCAGAAAAUGGGAGUCAGUCAGCUCUCUUGGGAUCAGAGGACCAAGGACGGAGCCAUGGAGGCUCAGAGACCCUGACAGAGCGCAGUAGAGCCAUCCGCCAGCGGGGAAGAGCCGCCGUGCUGUGCCAACGCCCUGCGGUGGCUGCCAGGCUGCGCGCCCAGCUGGAGGAGGCUCUCCAACAGUGUGGCCGUGAGGAUCUGGUGGAAUUGGUGCUGCCUCGGCUGGCUCAAGUCGUAACUGUGUAUGAAUUUCUUCUGAUGAAGGUUGAGAAAAGUCAUCUAGAAAAGCCUUUUUUCCCAGCCAUCUAUAAGGAAUUUGAAGAGUUGCAUAACCUGGUUAAGAAAACAUGUCAAGACUACCUCAGCAGUGCGGGUCCGUGUCCGCGGGAGCCCCUGGAGAUCAGCAAUGACAAGGUUGCUGAGUCAUUAGGAAUCACCGAAGAAUUUCUGCAGCAGAAAGAAAUACACCCAGACUGUACUGCACGGAAGCAUGUUAGCGCAGAGAUGCACGUGGACAAGCUAGAGGGAGCCGGCAGACAGAAGAGGGAGAGUGAGGCUGCAGGCGAGGGGCUGGCCACAGGGAAGAGGCCCCGAAGACUAGUGGGGCCAUCAGACAGCCCUGAGCCUCUUGUGGUGGACAGCAGAGACCCAGAGGAGUCCAGGCCCUUGUGUGUCACAGCUGCCUGCGAGGGUUUUCCGCCCCCUGUUGGUGGGCGGGCCCCUCUGCUCUGGGCCGGAAGCCUGGGGACUAUGGUCUCUGAUGGUGAUGGAGGCCCAUUACUUGGGGGCCAGAAGCUGGUGGCAGCUGCGUUGGCUGACUUGGAAUGGACAAGUGGGUGUGUAGGGCCUGCGCUCCGGUGUCGGUGUGUCACUGAGCCUGCUCAUUGCACGCAGGUAGAAGAUCCGGGGGGUUCACCCUCAGCCCCGGAGGCAGUGCUCUCUGAAGAGAAAGCCCUCGCACACGCUGCAGACCUGCACACUGCAGACGGCCAGAGGCGCCCAGCCGGGCAUGGCACCAUAGCAGCGAGAGCAGGAGGGGAGCCUCCGCUUGGCACGGAGGCGGAGAACCUUGGCCAGUUGAGUGGCUCCCACCUGGAUGGCCAGCAGGCCUGCCCCAGCCACGUCCUGCUUGUGGACGCCACGGGCCCUCUGCUCGAGAACGUUUCACCCAUGGACAUGGCCCCAGAAGAUGCUGCCUCCAGCACUGGGCCUGAGCUAGAGCCUUGGCCUGGCCCGGACAGACUCUUGUCAGCUCCAGGGAGCACAGGAAGCCACGCUCGGGGAGCCAGCCAGCUCUCCUGUGUGGGGGCACGUGUGGGCCCGGGGGAGUUGGAGAGUAAGGUGGCUGUGGGGGACGCCCAGGCUUUCACGGUGACCAGCAGGUCCCAGGAAGGACAAGAGAACAUUCUUACUCAGACCCCCGAUGGAGGUGUCUUGUCCCAUCUAGGUACCCUCAUGUCUCAGGAGGAUGUGGUCAUAGUGACCGACACAGAGGGGUCCCCGGUCUUGAAGGUGGGCCUGCCAGAAAGGGGUUCAUCUUGGAACCUUGGGGACACUUCUCACUGUGAAAACAGAGACUCUCAGUGACAAGCAAUCAGAAUCUCAGUCUUAGAUCUGCAUAUGAUUUAUCAGAGAAGGCCUAUAUAAUAAGGCAGGGCAUAUUUUUCUAAUGUGACUACUGACACAAAUGAGCCUUUUAUUUAUAAAGAAUAAUACCUAUCUACUCUGUUUUUCAGAAGAACUCAUUACAAUCAUGGCA